AUGGAAAAUGCCUUAUGGCAUCAGUGCUACUGACUCUAGAUCGUUACUACCAAAAAGGCAAAGUUAGCAGCCAUGUAAAGCUUUUUUGGCCUUGUUAGGCCUGAUAAAUAAGGCGUUGCUAACAUAAGGGGCUUGGGUAGCUUAUGAAAAAUGUUUUGAAUUACAUAUAUGGUACAUUUGCAGAAAGAAAUAGAGGUGUGGAGGCCCCAUAGUCUGCGUGUUGGAGUCUGAGUCGAGAGAUUCCUAUGCAACCCUCGGGCAUAAUUUUCAAAGUUCUACUAACUUCAGAAGCACAAAUAUAACAUUUACAAAUUAAAUUAUACGUAAUGAUGAUGCGAGUCUUCGUCCAGACAGUAGUGUGUUAUUUUUCUUUCCUUUGCGUUUUUACUCUUUGCAUUUCAAAUUUGUCAAAAUCUCUAUCUCGAAAGAAUCAUGGCAAACAAAAUCCGUCUGGCUUGUUAACUUCCCGGGUUUUUCGAGAAACGGGCUCCUGGUCUUGUUCAUAGGAAGGGGUUUUUUUCACAACGCCUAGGCCUCUCUCUACACAGGAUUACAAAUGAGUACCGCUGAACAGUGAGCCUGAAACGAAUCGUCUCUCAGCUAACUGUUGUAUUUCAAAUAUCUAUAUCAAUCAUUUACAACAUGGAGUCCUUGCUUUGGGAGUCAAAGAUCCGAUUGCAUUUGUAACUCAUCCGCGUUUUGCCACUCUGCAGGAUUUUCUAAAAAGUUUUUUUUAAACAAAACAAUCAGCAAUUAUUCAUUUUAAAAACUUCUGUUACAGAAACACGCCGACGACUCUGCUCAAAAUUCAGCUCCACUACCUAGCUGAUCAGUGCAGCCAGCAAAUUCAUCAGCAGAUCGCCAGCAACUUUAUCGCACUUUACACCACUUAUUUGAGACCAGAUAAUGACUGCGAUUCACUUGGGCUAUGCACAUUCGAAAAUGUCGAGGUGGAAUGUGGAGACCAGACAGGAACACUUCGAAAAAGAGACUUAGGAAGUAAUCAGCUCUCAUCAAGAAUUUCACUUUCCAUUAGUUUUGAUUUAAAAGUUCCACUGCCCGAGAACACGACUGCAGCUGAUCUUAAUCAGACAACUGAAGAAAUUUCCAGUAACCUAUUAUUAAAGUUUAACAGAGCAGAUGUGAAUCUAAAAUAUCAGUGGGAUUUCCUUAGUUUUCGAUGCUUCAAAACCACCUCAAGUCCGCUUCGUGCGCCUUUUAUGUGA